CGCGCGCAUUUUAGGUUUAGUCUUUUAGUCUGUGACUGAUUGUGUCAGUGAGUGUUCACGCGUCUCGCGCGCUGCUUGUCAGUCGGUUGCGCGAAAUUUUCGUCGUCCGUGCGUUGUGAAGUUGUGAUGUUUAGAUGUUCUGAUUAACUCGUUAACUCUCAUUGAAGAGAUCUUGUGCUCGUCCCGUGACUAGUUUUGUAAUAACGUACUAUGGCACGCUUGUUCGUAAUACUGUUAUCACUCACACUGAUGGGAUGCCUCACCGAGUCCUCCCUCUACACGCCGUUUGUUCCUAAAACAUUCAAUUUGGAAGAAAUCGUGCCUUUACAGCCCGAUUUUUAUCCAGAAAGGGUGCAAAUAAAUUGGAUAUCAGAUACAGAGUAUAUAGUAAGGGAACAUCAAAGGGAUUUUAGAAAAUAUGACGCAAUCACUGAUACUUUUGUGACUAUAUUAAAUGAAAGCGACUGGUUCAAUUUGAACCAUUAUGCUCUGACGUCGUAUUCAAAAGACCUCAAAUAUUUUUUGCUGGCUGCUAACAUGACUAAGGUGUACCGACAUUCAACUUUAGCUGACUACUACGUUUAUGACAUCGAACUAAAGACUACAUCUAAAAUAGGGCAAGGGAGGACGCAGGUAGUGGAAUGGGGCACGGGGGGUGCGCUAGCCUACGUGGAGAAUAAUAACGUUUACUAUGUCCCAAACGUCGCCCGUCCUCACAUAGUUACUGCGCUAACGAGCACUGGCAUCCCGGGGGAACUCUACCAUGGGGCCACCGACUGGAUAUAUGAAGAGGAGGUGUUCAACGCUCCUGAAGCGCUGUGGUUUUCACCCAACGGAUCGUAUCUCGCUGUAGCAUCCUUUGACGAUAGAGAGGUGGAGUCCGCGAUCUAUCAGUACUAUGGCAAUCCUAGCGAUUUAGAUAACCAAUACCCAACGCUUGUUCAAUUUAAAUAUCCCAAGGUAGGUCGCACAAAUCCAGUGGUCACUCUUCGAGUCUACAAUUUAAGUAAUAUUGAAAACGAUCCCCUAUAUAUACCGGCUCCUGUCGAUGUUAUUGGACUGGAUCACAUACUAGGCAGAGUGGACUGGGCGACGGAUUAUAACUUAAUCGUCCUUUGGUUGAAUAGAAGACAGAAUAUCAGCAUCCUCAUUAACUGUGAUUUAAUUAACAAUAAAUGCAGCAUGGUAAAAGAACAAACGGAGAGAAAUGGCUGGAUAGAUAUUCCGGAUCCUUAUUUCGAUAGCACAGGAACUAAAAUGCUUGAAAUACAACCAUUGUUCUAUAAUGAUCAAAGAUUUCUGCAUGUAGCGCUGUUUGACUUCAAUACAUUGACAACGACAGAUUUGAGUCCGGGUAAUUCUACAGUGACUGCGAUUGUCGGAUGGAAUGAGGAAACGGAUACAGUGUAUUAUAUUGUGUCGCCUUGGGACCUACCGUGGCAGAGGCAGCUAUGGGCGACGUCGCAAGGCGUCAGUAGAUGCAUAUCUUGUAGGGACUCGACGUGUCGUAACGUAGUAGCAGAUUUUUCACCUCAAGCUAGUUACGGUAUCGUGUCUUGUAGCGGAACUAAUUCGCCUCCUGUGACAUAUUUACUUAAUGCAAAGACAAAUGGAUUAAAGAUUAUCGUAUAUAAUAAUGAAUUGAGUGAAAAGUUAAGGCAUUAUCGUUUGCCAAUGGCCUUAUUCAACUCCAUUACGCUAGACGAAGACAUUGUGGCUCACGUAAAACUGCUACUUCCACCUGAAAUGCAAGAAGGAAAGAAAUAUCCGAUGAUAUUGAGAGUUUACGCCGGACCUGGUACAACUAGAGUUAGGGACAACUUUAAUUUAGAAUACUACGCGUCAUAUUUAUCAACAAAUAGGAGUUUUAUAGUAGCAUCAAUAGACGUCCGAGGCUCAGGCGCUAUGGGCGUGGAGGCGAUGCACGCGGUCAACAACGCGCUCGGCUCCGUAGAGAUAACAGACACCUUGUCUGCGCUCGAACGGUUGAUAAGUAUUUAUCCAUUCAUCGAUCCGGACCGCAUCGGCGUAUGGGGCUGGAGCUACGGCGGAUACGCCACCACAAUGAUGCUUGUAAAGGACGACGUUAGAUUGCUGGCCUGUGGCGCUGCCGUCGCGCCUGUCACCUCUUGGCUCUACUAUGAUUCAAUAUACACGGAGCGUUAUAUGGACACACCACAAGCCAAUCCAUUAGGCUACAAGCAGUCGGACCUACUAGGCGCGGCCCAGAGCUUGCGUGGCCGCCGAUACCUCCUAGUGCACGGGAGCGGCGACGACAACGUCCACUACCAGCACAGCUUGCAACUUGCCAAGCAGCUGCAGCAUGCUGAUAUAGCUUUCGAACAAUUGAGUUACACCGACGAAAAUCAUUCAUUGGCGGGAGUGAGUCGACAUUUUUACCACGCGCUUGAUCAUUUCUGGACGGAAUGUUUUGAUCAAUAGAUAUAAGUACUAUGUUAAUUUAUUGAUAAGUAUAUUACUUAAUAUGAAAUGCAAAAAUCAAGACUGCGUGAAUGUGUUCCGUUGCUUCGUGGUACAAAAAUCUUUACUUGUUCGUGAUGACAUUAAAUAAAAUGACGAAUGAUGAAAGAA